GCUCUUGUUUCCCUACAUAGGUUUCUCCCUCCUCCGUUCUUGACGCUCUUCAUCAAGGCACCCAAUACAGAUCGGCGCUCAUCUUUUUCUUGCCGCUAUCGACAACGUUGCUCUGGAGCAAGCUGCAAGGCUUCUAGCCCGCCGCCACCUGGACGUGUCUUCCCUGUGCUACCCACGUUCUUCACAUCCCUGAAGCCUGUCAAGGAUUAACUGAACUCGUUCUUUUCACUGGCACACUGCCAUUAUGCCACUUCCCAAUGGCACGCUGCUUUCUCUGCAAGGCCAUUCUCGCCCUGGAGAUACUGUCCAGACUAAGCCGAAGCACGCUAUGAUCGUUCGGAUGUCGGCUGAGACAUUGGAAGCUUUGGAGGACUUGUCUAGUAACCCUACAAUGAAUUUCGAGUUUGGCGAUAGUCCAGGCAUUUACAUUGGGGAGACAUUCUUUCCAAUGCGUCCUCUGAAGGAGAGUUCUCCGCACGAAAUAUACCUCAGGACAUCCUCUGCAGCCAAGCCAAAUGCUCCAUUGAAGCUCUAUGCCAAUGUCAUGGGCAAAUUCAUCGUUGACCGACAACUGGGCGAGAAAGUCACCGAUAAAGUACGGCAGCAAACCAUCGAAGCGAAGAAGCAACAUUCCGAGCGCCAAACCAUCAUGCUCGAUGCGCCCCUCAUGUCUGCGGCAGGCGCAAAGAACUUGAAGCGGAAAACACCGGGUUCGGGAACGGUGGUAAAGAAAAGUGCACCUCGCGACACCCUUCGCACCCCUGCUGCAUCCACCCCCGUUGCACGCAAAAUCUCGCCGAUACCACAGACCGCUUCUUCAAAGGCAAAUGCGGAUGUUCGCAGGCGUCUAAUCCACUUCCUUGCAGUUGAGGCUCGCGAAACAGAUCUGGCGGUAGCUAGGGUUUGUGGGAAUAGCUGUGAUGCCACUGCAAGGGGUAAUCUACUUAGAGUCUUAGAGGAGGUUGCUGAGCAAACCCCAGCCCGGAGAGGCGACAAGUCUCCUCGGAAAUGGUCUCUCAAAAAUCGUACAUGGCUUGAAGUGCGUCCAUACGAAUGGGAGACGUACAAACCGUCAGAGCGGACCAACAUCGCACGGCGAGGCAGGGUCGUCCUCGAUGCCCUCAAGAUACCCGAGUCUGACUCUGCGUGGGAUCAUUUUCGCUUUCGAAACCUCGCACCUCCUACCGGAGCUGCUCCUCAUCCUACCCACGGAGGUAAGACCAUCACUGGCCCACCUGCAGGAAUUUCCCAGCCGAAGCCGGAGCCAAAACGACCUGCUAUAUCGAAAGAUCUGAAACAGAAAACAAAGGCAGACUCUUCUCGAAUAAAGGGCGACAUACAGAUGAAAAACGAGAGUGCGCGGCCGAGGGGUGACAUACAGAUGAAGGACGAGACCGUUAAGCUCCCUAGGGUGGCUGCCAUUAAGCACGAAGAAGCCAGUCCAUCGCCCAGCAGUAGCACCAGCACUAGCUCGAAGGCAGCAUCCAGACGGUUGCCGGGCUCGGGAUACGUUGCAAAGAAGUCCCCUCAGCCUUCUCCCAGCGUUGAGACUCCAUCUCGCGAAGCUGCAGGUCCAGCCGAAGUUCGUCCUCAACGACCGUUACCCCGACCUUCCUUACCUUCCAAGCCCGUACCAGUACCCCAGCCGCCACCCGCAAGUCAGGAGAAGACGCCUACCAUUCCAAAGAUGACGAAGAAGACGCAUCCACCCGAGGAUUCCGAUAGAGAGCGUGAGAGACAUAGAGAUAAAGACAGACCGACGAAGGAUAGAGUUAUUACUGGCGUGAAGCGGAAGAACGCCACCCAUGAUGUAGAAGACACGCAGGACGGGGAGAGGCACAAGGCAAACUCGUUCAAGAAGCGCAAAACGGAAGGGGACCCAUCAUCUACUGCAUCCUCCUCUUCAUUAAAAGCUCGAGACUUGUCUCUUCCAAAGAAGCCGGUCGAGGCCGCAUCUCCUGUACCACCUCCACCGAAGAAGAUCAAGAAAGAACCUUCUCCACUUCCGCUUCCACUUCUAGUGCCACCGCCACCCCCUCGCUCCACAUUACCGACGCAGCCACCACCACCCUCAACCUCACCUUCCAAAACAGAUCAAAGAUCGAAACUCAAUGGAGCCUCAAAAGCUAGACGAAAGUCACCAAUAUAUACCUCGUCGGAUGAAGGAGAGAUACCAGAGCCUCCGCGGAAGUCCACACAGGAUCCUUCCACGAAUGCUGAUCGUUCUAAGGGCAAGGAGGGACGUGCCCGCCCUCGAUCUUCAUACCCACUACCCCCUGAUCGCAACGGGCUACGUUCGAGGUACCAGUCUAAGUACGGAAAUUACCUGGGCACAUAUUCCCAAAUUGUCGCACAGAAGCGAAAGAUCGAGGCGAUCUUAAACGGAGAAUCGGAAGCGGAAGGAGAGAUCAUGGAUCCGGAGGAGCUGAAGAGGCUCAGUGCCGAGCAUAAGAAUCAGAAAGAGGAGUUGGAGUUCAUCCAGGAGAAGUGGAUGAACGGGUCUGUAUCGGAAUAAUAUGGAUCACAUCGCAAUUGACUUGUACGUAAACUUCUACAGCACUCAAGGCGGACAUGACAUACUCAUCAAGACUAUCUACGCCAUAUUUUCUUGUUGUACAUCGUCUUCACAUCUUUUUCGUUC